AUGGCGUCCUCCUGGCUCCAGGCCGGGAGUGAUAUCAACGUUGACCGCAGCACAGCUUCUGCAACGUCACCGCUGCGCGAGGAGCGGGUAGCACAACCCGAGGGUUCAGGAUACAUGUCGGACGAUUCCAAUGCCAGGAACCUCACGAGAGGAGCUAGCAGAAAGCUGAACAAAACUCUCAACAAACUCAAUCCCUUCAAGCAACGAGCAGCGACAGCUGGGGGACGGUGGUUUAAUCCAGAGGAGUUUACUCAGCAGAAGAGAGAGUGGGCAAAGCAGUUCAAAGAUGAUGACAAGGUCGUGGGCUGGCCCAGCCAGGCCUUCGAGAGCUUCAUCAUUGUGGGCCUGCCACCAUCGACAGACAUCAAGAGCGUGGUUGCAGAGCCGGAGAUACUGCAGAGGGCCAAAACCGGCGAUCUGAAUGUUUCCGUCACACCUGAAGUGACCGGCCAGACGAGGCACCGAGGUUCAAGGGGCGUACCUCUGGUCCCCCAGGUUCUGUACCAGUAUCCAGAGAACAAGCCUAUCACGCCAGAUGCGGCGCACUUCUGUUUCCCGCAUGGCGUGCAACCGAUGCUGCUGGAAAGAACGCCCUCAAUGUCUGCGCUGAAUGAGCUGGUGUACAGCCAACAGUACCAGCACUCUGAUGGCAACUCCUUCAUCUUUGUCCUCAAGGUGGCAGACAACCUGCCGCUCUACGGCGUGUGCUGCUACAUGGAUGAGUUGGUGCACCGGCCGCCCACGGUGCUGCGCAGCACCGACAGCCUCCUCACACCCCUCAGCCGCUACCUCGUGGCAGCGCCCCGCUGCUACUGCUUCCUCACCCACUACCCCUUCUUCCCGCUGCACUUCAAGGUGCUGCACAUGAUAAUGGGGCUGGAGCGGCUGGACCGCAUCACAGCAUUCAUGGAGGAGCAGUCAGGCCCCAUGCGUCCGGUGGAGUUCCCUCCGCCCCGCCACCCCGGCCCUCCCAGCACCAUCAAGGAGGACCAGGAGUCGGACUCUGCCAGAGGCCACAGCCAGGACAGCAGUGGAGGAGCGCAGCCCAGCAGCAGCGGUGGGAGCCGGGCGCAGGACGGCGGCCUAAGGCCGGAGAGCAGCGCUGCCAGCAGGGAGCGGCUGGCCUCCUCGGCUGGCGCGGGGACGAGCGGCGACGGGAUGUCCGGCCGGGACCGUGUGAAUGCAGCCAUCGCCUCGCUGGAGAUCCGGGAGGAGCUGUCGCAGGCGGUGGCCGCGCUCGACUCCAGGAAGAGCCACACCGAGUCGCUUGAUGGCCAGGGGCGGGUGCGGAGCCUGACGCUAGCAUGGGAGCAGGCGCGAGCGGCGCUGCAGGAGCGACAGAACAGCGCGCGCACCAGUCCUCAAAUCUCCCCGCGCGACGCGGUCCCCUCGGGGCCCCCCUCCGCAGCGGCCAGCCCGCGGCAGUUGGAUCCGGCGGCCCCCGGGGCCCGGGGCGCGCCCGGCUCCGGGCAGCCGCCGCUGCCGGGCGGCAACACCCCCGGGGCCCGCAGCCGCCACAGCCGCAGCCACAGCGUCCCGUACUUGAGCCCCUGCGACUCAGCCUAUGAUGCGGACGGUAGGCUGGCCCGGCAGCAGGACAAGGGGGGCAGCAACGGCGGCAGUGAUGUGCCGAGCGUCAGCUCACGCUCACAGAGCGAUGCGCAGCUGUCCUCCCCCGCCAAGGGAGCCUCGGCCGCUGGGGACGGCCCCGACAGAUAUUACCGGCAUCCGCCUGUCAGCAGCGUUGGACUGGCCAAGCUGCAGGCUUUGCUGGAGUUGCAGCGACAGAGGGAUUCCACUAGGCUGGGGAACACUCGGGAGCUCCCCCGCAGGAGCAGCAGCUCUGCAGCCACGACUCUGCCUGCCACCACAGACCUUGAUGGGAGCGCCACCAACCUCACCAAUGGCCACAUGCGGCGACAGUCCCUGUCUUUCACUGGAGGGGCAUCUGUCGGCACGCCGCCGCGGCAGCGGCCGCCGGUGGAUCCGUCAACGCCGUCACCAACACAAUUGGCACCUGAUCUGGUGCGCAACUCGGCGCAGCGGAUACAGCGGGCGCAGGAACGCAUGCAGGCCGCUGUGCUGGCUGCCGAGGUGGAGCGCUCUGAGACUUUCUCCGGCCGCAGCACCGAGGACACUGAGGUGAACAUCAUGGUGUCCAACGCGUCAAUUGCCUCCAGCGAUGACUCGUACCGGACCGCCACCUCGGGGCCCAUGCACAAUGCGUCGCCCCAGCACAGGCGCAACCUGAGCGGCGAGUCCCUGGGUGGCUACUCGGAGCUGGACACACCCCCGCGAGACUUCAUGAGCAGGUGGGGCUGCAAGUUGCAGCGGCAGGUGCAGGGCCAGGGCAGCCUGCCCAAUUCCCCUGCGAGCCCCUUGGAUGCCACAGGGGAGGCGCUGCGAAGGCAGGGGGCCUCGGCUCAGCGGCAGAACCUCCCUGAGAGCCCCUACGCAACCCCUGAGAAUGGGCAGCAGCCGGAUGCUCCGCAGCGCAGCAGCCUGGAGGCCUGGGGGGAGCAGCAGCAGGCGGCGCUGGCAGAGAGCAGAUCUGCACCGCCGGGGCAGCCUCUCAGGGGCGACCCUGAAGGCGCCAUGGCGGCGGUGCUGCUAGUGGAGCAGAAGCGGAGCAGGAGGGAGCUGCGCAGCAUGUCACUGCGGCCGGCGCUGCACAGCAUGCCCACCCACAUACCCAGCGAGACAGCCUCCGCCCUGCAGGUGAUGAAGGCAUACUAUGCGACGCCGGUGCCGGCGCCGGGCGAGGAGCUGGAGUUCAUGCCGGACGCGGAGCUUCAGCCGGUGCACUACGCGCGGCCGGCUAUCUUUGAUCUGACUCAGCGCUUUGUGCGCCGCUCCGCCAUCGCCGCCGCCGAGGCCGAGGCGGCAUUGGGGCUGCGCACGUGGACCGUCGCCUGCCUCUGCCGCUCCCUCUCCCUCGACAACAUCCUCACCUUCAUCACUGCUGCGCUGCUGGAGCGGCAGAUGGCAGUGUUCUGCCCCAACAUCGGCGUGCUGAGCGCGUCGGUGCUGUCGCUCGUUCCCCUCAUGCGCCCCUUUGCGUGGCAGUCCCUGCUGCUGCCAGUCCUGCCCGUCCAGGACAAGAUGCUCGACCUGCUGGAGGCCCCCGUGCCCUUCAUCCUCGGCAUCAAGUACAAGACGGCGGAGGUGGCGGCGCGGUGCAAAUCGCUGAUGCGCGUGAACAUCUACAAGGACCGGAUAAAGAACGCGGCGCACCUGCCCGCGCUGCCCAAUGCGGGCAGCCUGGUGGGCGCGCUGUCGCCGGCGUAUUGGGCGCUGCACUCCAUCGGCCGCGACGCUGCCAAGUCCCGUCCCCUGUACUCCAUCACUGACGACCAGAAGCACGCCGCCGAAUCGUUCCUGCAGAUUGUGCAGGACCAUUUGGGCGGCUUGUGCUCCAACCUGUACCAGCACACCAUAACGGAUGUCCAGACGGCGGAGCGGGUGUCUCUACUCCUGAAGGACUCCUUUGUCGAGUCCUUCAGUUGUGUGGACCUGUGCAAGUAA